CAGCAGCGGCGGCGGCGGCGACCACCUAGUCCACCACCAUUCUGCCCAAAUAGCAAGAACAGCAAGCCCCGGAAGGCGGAAGCAGGCGAGCGGCCGCACCCGUAGGAGUCCGCUGCCGCUCGCCAGAGGAAGGGAGCCCGCCGUCGCAGACCAGCUCUCGCGCGGCGUGGAGGUGGAGCGGUGGGAUGUUCUGCCAGUCGUGCAAGGAUGUGUACGAGGAGGAGGAGGCCGGGACGUGCAAGGAGUGCUACGAGGAGGCCAGCGAGACGGAGGAGGAGCUCAAGCGCGAGAUCGACGACCUCCGCUCCAGGCUCCUCUUCCUGCGCCUCCCUUCCCCCACGCUCGACGCCUCCUCCACCGCCCACUCCGAUCUCCUGCUCCACGCCAUCCCCGCCUCCUCGUCAUCUUCCCCCUCCCCCUCCGGCGACGCCGACGCUGGCCGCUUUGAUACCCCCGCCAUCCCUGCCCACCGCGUCAUCCUCGCCAGCAAAUCUCCUGUUUUCAGAGCAAUGCUUGAUAAUGAGAUGGAAGAGAGCCGGAGUGGAAUCAUUAAAAUCUAUGAUGUGUCCUAUGACGUCCUCCGUGCUUUUGUCCACUACAUGUACACAGCGGAAGCUCUCUUAGACGAGCAAAUGGCUUGUGAUCUCUUGGUUUUGGCUGAAAAGUAUGAAGUAAAGCACCUGAAGUCCUACUGCGAGAAGUUCAUUACAUCCAAAGUGAACAAUGAUAAUGCCAUUACCCAUUACGCGUUUGCCCAUCGCCACAGUGCGAAACAGCUGCUUGAGGCCUCAAUGUCAGCAAUCAUGGAAAGCAUGCCUACACUGGCAGAGAGGGAGGAAUACAAGGAGCUUGUGGUGAAGGACCCAAGGAUCCUUGUGGAGAUCUAUGAAACCUACAUCAGCCGACAAGACAAUACUGCAGCUGACAAGGAUUCAGAUUGCAGUUGUAGGAAGUGACGAAAGUACCACAAAAUUAAUAUUCUAACCAAGCAUUUGCAUAUUUUGGUAGGUACCAAAUUUUCCUGUAGUAAAUAUGCCAAACAUAUUUGGUGUCAUCAGGCGUAAAAAUAUUUUAUGCAGCCAACUAUAUCUUGAGUUCGUGGAUUGAUCGGUUUAGCCGCCUCAAACAUUUGUUCCCGAACUUCUUACUUUCUAAUUUUUCCUACUUUCGCUUGUAAAUUUUAUUGGGGAUUUUAUUUGGAUGUGUAUUGCUCUGGCCAGCUCUCUUUUAUCUUAA